UGAGCGGCGUUCAGCCAUCCUUCGAUAACCAACAGCACCUAAACAAAAAUAAACUCGCAACAUUUGCUAUUGCGUAUAAAUAAUGCUAAACCCAAGGCUAUCAGUGUAACAAAAUGUCAGGAAUUGUGUUCUAAAUACGGGAAGUCUGCCGAGUGUUUUUUUGUGUGUGUGUGAGCGCAGCGUCGCCUGAGUCGCUAGGCCGCACUCAAGCGCUUCGAGUUGUUGAUUUCAUUUGAAUUUAAUUCGAAUUGUUUUAAGCUGUAACUUGAAUGUAUUGAUUUUGAAAUGGUGUGUUGGAAUGGUUAGUUUAUUGUUAAGCGAGCACAGUGGAGUUAUUGAAUAACAAAACGCUGCAGGCGCUUUGUUUACCUCGCCCGCGCGUGAGCCUUUUGUGUUCGAAAAGCCUGUUUAAUUAGGCCUAAUUUUCUAAUAAAAAAAAACAACCCUGUCCAAAAAUGUGUAUUAUUUGCAAACGAUUGCAUGUCGGUGCUCUUUUAGAGUAGCUUUAAUUACGUUCUAGUCGGUAAUUGAAUGCAACUUUUUUGGGGUUUAAACGAAUAAAACACCUUACCGCGACCGCCGCGGCCCGGUUUUGCUCGUAAACCUCGGUCUCGCCUGAAUUUUGGCCGGAAAUCGGGACACGCGGCCUCGCAUCGGAGAUCUCCCGGUCUGCGUAGGCACGUAUGUUUUCAUAACCGAUGCCAUGUAAAAAUAAACACCAUUUUAACAAUUGCAUUCGUUUAAAGUAUGUAUGUUUUCUUAAAGCUGAAUUACGUGUUUUAAAUGACGGACAAUGCUGUGCGUUCCAACCCCGUUUCCUUGGGAGUCACUGAGCGUCUGCAUCGGGUUCGAUACCGGAUGCCGCCGUCAAUAAUAAAGCAGCGUUUCUCUCGAGCAUUUGACAAAAUGCCUCAUGGAUACAGCAAAUGCACACGUGCGUUAUUUAUAACACAGUUGUAAUCAUAAUGAGUGCCAGCCCCUCCGCCUCUUCGGCUUCAGGAGUUCGUAAGGAAGAUCUGGUAAGGCCUGUGCCUCUACUACUGCGUCUCUUGCAGUCUGUUGGUGCGAAAAGCGACACGUUCACGGUGCAGCAGGUCAUACAUCACCUUGGCCAGUACAUCAAGACGAAGCAACUCUACGACAAGCAGAGGCAGCACAUCGUGCACUGCAAGGGUGACCCUCUGGGGGAGGUGUUCGGUGUGGAGAGCUUCUCCCUCAAAGAGCCAAGCUCUUCCAGCGGAUCGGUGGGUGCACUCCUGGCAAAGGCACUCUUUAUAGCUGCGACUGACAAACGCAAAGAUCACACGGGAGUGGGCGACGGAGCCGUGAAGGAAAGCUCAUUAGCGGCAGCCGACGGGGACAACAAGCAGGUGGCCCUGGUGGUGGACUCGGUAAGGCAGGGCGAUUCUCCUCAUGGAGGUUCCACCUCCACCCCCAUGACAGGGACCACAACUGUUGCAGCGAAGCGCAGGAGAGACUCGGAGUGUGGCAGCGGAGUUGUGGCAGCGGGGUCCCCGGAGGAGGAGGAUAGCGGAGCGAAGCGUCCGCGUGCGCCCAGCCCUGCGCCGCCGUGCUGGAACGAUGAUGACCAGGGCGUGCCCUGGUGGUUCCUGCGCUCCCUGCCACACACGCUCGACCGUGUCAGCACCGCCUCGUCCACUGACAUCUGUAGCCGACGGGGCUAUGAGACGGCAGUGGUCACGGACUCGAGUGAUGACCUGUGGUUCCUGGAUGAGUCCAACUCGGACCAGUUCAGCGUGGAGUUCGAGGUGGAGUCCAUCCACAGCGAGGACUACGACGGGGAGGGCGAGGACGGCGAGAGCGGGGAGCGCUCGUCUGACGAUGAGGUUUACGACGUGACCGUGAUUUAUUCUGACUCCCAGUCCUCCUAUAACGAGUCAUCGGACGCAGAGUUUCCAGAAGAGGAUGGGUGGCGCUGCACCGAGUGCUCGGAGACCAACCACCCGAUGCACGGCUAUUGCCAGCGAUGCUGGUGCCUCCGUAAGGACUGGCUUCCUGACGCUGCCCAGCAGCAGCAGCAGCAACAGGAGCAACAGCAACAGCAGCAGCAGCACACGACCACGACGACGACAACAACGUUGCCGACAACGAUGGGGUCGCCCGCUGCCCCGAGGGGCGUCUUCACUAUGCCGGGCAUCGCUACCGCCCUCUUGGAGGAAGCGCUCGCACGAGACAUCGAUUCGGACGACGGCCACGACGAGAUUGACGGCAGGAGGAGCAAGAAAGCGGCCGAUGAGGACGAUGAGUAUGAGAAGGUGUAUGAGAAGGUGUAUGAGAAGGAGUAUGAGAAGGAGGAGGAAGCGGGGAUGCGGGGCCCAUCGGGAGCGGCGACGCACACAUUACGCUGCGGCUCGGAGGACGAACAGGAACCGGAAGAAGACGAAUACGAGGAGGACGUUGACGACGAUGGCAAAAUGAAGAAGUCGUCAAAAUCGGAGGCGCUGCAGCCCGCUGACGUCGUUUCUGCCGCUUCCUCGGCUUCCGCGAGCUCCGCCUACCAGAACGACGGCAGAAGCGGCUCGGGCGGCGCCAACAACGCGUGCACGCUGCUGGAUAUGUGCAUCAUCUGCCAGCACGAGCCCAGGAGCUGCACCAUCGUGCACGGAAAGACGGGCCACCUGGUGACGUGCUACAUGUGCGCCAAGAAGCUGAAGCGCCGUAAUAAGCCUUGCCCCGUGUGCCGCAGCCCCAUCCAGGCCGUCAUCAAAACGUACCUGCUGUGAGAUGAACCCGGCACCGCCGUACCUCGCCAUCGUGGGCUGGCACCGAAUGCCCUGGCUCAGCCCUGUUUGCCGAGACUGCAUUUGCGAUCCUCUGGGAAUCGCGCCAUGAUGCCCGACAGCUUCUUUGUCCAUCUGCUCCGUUUCAAACUAACCCCCCCCCACACCCCCUGUUUAUUUUUUUAUCUGGAAGUUGACACUGAAAAUGUUAUCAACUAUUUAAAAGGUAGCAGAUUUUUGUUGUUGUAUAGAUUGGAUGUCAAAAUAGCCUCAGUCAAAUAUAGUUUUUUUGGAAACUAAAGGAUUCUGAAAUUGGUCUUAAAUGAUAAAUACAUCGUGAGGAUUACUCUGACUUUUCACCUUUAACCAACAGACGUUCAAGUACAGUUAGGCCCUCUACAUAAAUGUAAACGCGGAUGCCUUUUACCUGUAUAAGGGGUUCUCGGUGAGCCAUAGCCAGCUAUUAACUGCCAAGGAGAGGCCAGAGCGCUUUUGUUGGGUUUUUACAAGGCUCAGCAAACCAAGCUAUCGACGGCAGCUAUGACCUCCCAAAGUGUUACAGGCCCAGGAGAUCACAGCUGCCCCGUGGGGAUCCUGAAAGUUAACAAUGGAGUCGUAGUAGAUUAUGUUAACCCUAUUUCAGUGGUAUGUUUACUGACAAUCUGCUUAAACCUUUUUUGGCUGAUGGGCCUUAAGAGAUGGAUUAAAUAGUCCAGUCGUAUUACAUGUUUUUUUUAUAAACUCACUGAAGCAACUUUAGCAUAAUCUAUAAAAGGGUGUCGAUCUUAAAAACAAAGUUGAUUAGACGCAUUCAAGUUUUGCGACAACUUUCUCACUACAUAAGACUUGGCGUGCAAAGGUGAACAAACAAUAGCCCCCAUUCCCCACUAAGUGGCGGUGACGGCACUUGUGCCAGGUUGGGUGCACUCCGAGGAACACACACACGGUAAGUGCCACAGACAAACACGCGUGCUCGUGCAUGAGUGAUCAGAGGGUGGGAAUUGAGGGAGAGGAGAAAGAGGUGAUGCGUCCUAUAUUUUGGUGACUCGAUUUUGGAUUGUCCACCUGAAGCCUGAGAGCUGCCAUUGAAAUAGGGUGACUUUGUUGGAGAAAGUCUUUUUUUCUGGUGCUGCAUUUGCCAGUGGUCCUUUGCGAACUCGACAAAACAAUUCAAGUGAAGAAGAAGAAGAAAAAGAGAAGAAGAAAAGCGUUUUAUUGCAAAAAAAUAAUAAUAACCACCAGUGUUGCUGUUUUGUUGUUGAAAAAUACUUUCAGCACAGUAACGAUGUAGAUUAAAUCUCAAGUUGCGUUUGUUUUAUAUUUUGAAUUAUUUUUUUAUAUCAUAACAUAGAGUAUAUAUAUGAUUCCUCUAAUCUAAAUUGUUAAUUCCCAACUACCCAGCAGUUAGCGUGGAGUCAGUUUGUCGCUCCUCGAGUGUAGAUUAUGCUCGUGUCGGUGUCGCGAGCGAUGAUUAUAUCGCUUGUAAUUUCUGGUCUGAGCGUUUUUUGUUUUAUCCCAAACGGGGUUGCUCGUUCAAUCCGGCUAUUAACUCCGAUCGCAACCGGAAGGAUCUCGGCGAGCCUAGAGAAGCAUAAGAUAACGGCGUGACGCGACGUGAUGCGACUUCCUUUGACACAUUGAUGUCAAUCUUGCUGAAAUUAAUGAAUCAACAUUUGGUGGUGGGGUGUUGAGCAAGAUAUGACCUUAUGAUCAUCACUGACUCACCACAUCGACAGAGCCCUUCCAUGAUUGCACCAUCACUCAAAAUAGUCCAGUGUAACGUUAGCGUCACAUCAUUGUGCGAUGGUCUCGGUGGCACAUGCUUUGUCGCUGCUUUGUGUCGUCUUAAGUUAUUUGAUUGAUAACAGCAAGGCUUGUCAUUGGUUUUGUUCAAGGGCCCCAGAGAUUUGAUUUGACAUUAUAUUUGACUUGAUGUCCCACCAGUGGCAUGGAUCUGAUUCACUCAAGUAAGUGUUAUCAUCUCACGUGUGCUCCCGUGUUAUCAAAUGUCUCUCUAGACUCCCCAAAAUGAUUUGCUCGACAGUUAAUAGUUCAUUGCGGUUUAGAAUGGGCGAGACUUUAGAAGAAAAAAAAUCCCGCGUCAUUCUAUGAAAAUCGCUGUCUAUGAACUGGGCUUAAUGCCAUCACCUGUUUUUGCAUUUGUAUUUUUCCCCCCCUAUGUUAUUGGCAAUAUGAGACGAGGAGCUUAGUUGCACUUUACAAUCGCUUGGUCGCCCUUAUGAAUAUCUUCGUUUCAACAAAGCAGCUGCGUAUGGCUUUGUGAGCAAUGGUGUCAGUGCUGCGGGAAUUAGUUAAUGUUUUGUUACUUUGUUUAUGUAAAUUCAAAGAUGUCCCCACAAUCGACAAGAGGUCGGAAGGCCCACCAUCCAGCAAUGGAUUAGGUGGGAGCUGAAUAUUUGUUAUUUAAAUCUUAAUGAGGGGAAAUAAUCAGUCAAGUAUCUAAUUUCCUCAUGAACCCCCCCCCCCCCCUUAGUUUUCCUUACUAAUCCCGAAACUUAACCUUGCAUCCCUCUCGUGCUUAUAUUGUGACCGAUAAUUUUUUUGUUGUUUUGUGUAACGCUAAAUUAAUUUAUAUGUCCAUUUCAGUUUUUGCUUUGUCAGGCAGUGAAAAAGAAAAAGCAAAUCCUUAAUCGUGAAGCAAAGUUUUACCCGUGAACUUCACUCGGCGAUAUUACCCUUGUCCGAGUGACCUUUGAAAAAAACAGCAGCUUAGCUUAAUAGGCUUCACCGCAAAUAAACUCAACUCACUCGGGAAGCUUUACAAGAAAGUUGUUCCAUCUGCGGUCGAGUUGGAAGCAAGUUACUUUGGACUUGCCAAGGAUUUUAACAACGCUUGAAUUGCGCCGAACAUGUGCGACUACUUUGGUGUGCUUUUUCACCAAAAACCGAAACUUGAUAAAAGUCGAUUCAUUCCAACUGUUGAGAUAACCUUGUAAGUAACGUGACUGAUUUGUGACAUCACGCAUUGGCAACGAUGAGCGAUUUGCUUCGUCUUUACAUGUUCCCUACUUGGGUUGUGAUUUUCAUUUAUUACUCCAACACAAGUGAGCAUAUUUGUGGUUCAGAUCUCAACUGCCAAGUGUAAUUAUUUUGAAAAUGUUUUCCCAGUUGGCAACAUGUGGCUUUCCCAUUCACCACAGUUUGUAAACAAUAUGAUAUUGAGUUUCAUGAUCACUGCCAAUUUUUGCAAGUGUUUGAUAAAAGAAGAUAUAUAUUUAAAAGUGCUUCAUUUAAGAUGGCUGGAUUGCUCAAAAGGCUAAUUGACUGUCAGGGCCCCAAGUCAGCAGCGCUGACAUCCUGGUUUAAAAUGCCCUAGUUCCUGUCACUGGUGAUUAAACUAGGUGUGUAAGGCAUGUUGCAAAUGCAUUGUCUAAGCCCAGUCACCAAUAAUGACUGCACUUUAUUUUUUAUUUCACUUAAUUUGUACAACUUAAGCUGUGGAGGCUAAAGUUUAACAUACUCGAUUGCAUGAUUUUAAUGCCAAAAACCAAUCCUAUAAAGAUACAUUUUUUUUGCGCCGUCUUAUGUUGGGUCCGUGCCUUGUAAUCUUAUCACAUGGCUUGCAAUAUCACAUGGCUUCUCAUGGUGUAACAAUGGGGAUUAAAAUAGUGGAAAACAUGUAUACACUUAAGUUCUUUCAAAUUGAAAACUUUUACCACCAGUGUUUGUUAAUUAUAUCAACGUUAAGUUCAAAGGGCACUCUUCACAGGACACAUAAUCGAAUGAGUAUCUCUUGUCUACAAAGCGGCUACUGCAGACCCCCGUCGCAUAUCCGUGCUCAAAAUGCAACAACCAGGAGCAUAUAGUAGGCAAACUCGCCAGCUAUCUCAUCCAGAGGGUGGGCCGAACGCGCAAGGCAGUGUUAUGACAUUCAUAGCACUAGGCUGCGGAGAGAUUGAGGCUGAUGAGCUCGGUUUUUCCCACCAAUGUCUUUUCAGUGCAAAGCAAAGUUGUCCGUGCUUUGCAGCCGAUUGUUUCACAACGCACAUCAAAACUCCCGCAUCAAACCACCACAACUGGUGCCAUCGCUCUCCGCUCACGGUACCCGGUGUGGUGGAGCAGGGGGCCUACUUCACAGUCGCAUCACUGUGUUGAUACGGUGAUGAAUAUUAGGAGCAGCGUGAAGUGUGACAUUUGGCAAGCGGCGCUGAGGCUCUGUUGUGUGUGUGUAGGGCGCAUUCGUUGGCCAAGGGAGUCUGUACCACCCUCCGUGUGGUGGCUACUCACUGCCUGGCACAGCUAACCACCAUCUCGGAGCUAGAAUGUCUAGUGGCCCUUGCGUAUUUGGUAUAAAAAUUCAACGGCAUGCCCCCCCCCCUACCCAGUUUGCCUCUUAAGUUUUAGCGGCCGUUGGCAACCGCUCGUUAUUAAUUUCCGAGCAACCCUGAAUUGGAAUGUUCCGCUUGGUGGAAAAUGAUUGCACGCAGGUUGCAGACAAUUCCCACCAAAAAUGGCUUAAAUGGUGUUUCCUGCCGAAAUGUGAAUCUGACCUCGCAUUAAGUGGUCGCCAUUGCGUGGAAAUUCGAUCUUUUUUUUGCAUUGAUCAGUCUGCCUACAGGGGGACAGCCGCUGUUUUUUUGGCAGACCUAGGGUCGGUUAUAUUUACGAUUACAACAACAAUGUAAAAUACUGAUUUCAUUGUCUAUCAAAUUAAUUACGAAAUGCGCAAUUACAAUGCUAUUUAACCCCCCCCCCACUCCCCCGGGUUUGCUUGAAUGAUAAUGAGGCUGUCAACCCUGCCAAGGAUUUGAACUCGUGUUCAGACAGCUGAGCUCCGCUGUUCUACAAAGGUGGCUGUAAUCCAUUAUUUGAUUACAUUUAUAAUUAUGAUACUGGUGGCAUUUACAUAUAUGUAUAAUUUAAUAACCAAUGUAAGUAGGAUUUGAGUGAUGAAAGGUAACGUGAUUGUGAUCUGAGGGGCACGUGUUGUAUAGGGUUUGCGGUGGCGCUUGUGCAGCUUUAUGGAAAUAAAUCCAGAUUUUGAAGUGGA